AUUUGCUUCAUAAUGGUGUUUAGUAGUUUGACGACCCUUACCACAUCAUCCACAUGGAAUAAUUAUAAUGCUAAGAGGAGCUAGAAGGCGUUUCCCUGCACUCCCUUCUCUUUAUAGGAGGAAGAGCUGCGCUGUGUCAGAGACACCGCACUACAACCCCAGUGACGUUGAGGGGAGGUGGGCUGGGAAGUGGGCGUGGUCCCAACCUCGAGGACCUAAGUCCUACAUCCUGUCCAUGUUCCCUUAUCCCUCAGGACGUCUGCACAUGGGCCAUGUUCGUGUAUACACUAUCAGUGAUACGCUUGCCCGUUACCGUCGGUUACUUGGAGAGGAGGUGCUCCAUCCAAUGGGUUGGGAUGCAUUUGGUCUUCCUGCAGAAAAUGCUGCCAUUGAUCAUGGAAUAGAUCCAUCUUCCUGGACUGUACAGAAUAUUGGUGUCAUGAGAGGACAACUGGAUCGCAUGGGAUGUCAUUUUGACUGGGAGAGGGAGGUGACUACAUGCUCUCCUGACUACUAUCGAUGGACACAGUGGCUCUUCCUACAACUCUACAACAGAGGACUAGCUUACAAGAAGAAGGCUGUGGUGAAUUGGGACCCAGUGGAUGGGACAGUGCUGGCUAAUGAGCAGGUGGAUAGUCAUGGAAGGUCAUGGAGGUCAGGUGCUAUAGUAGAGCAGAAACUACUCGAUCAAUGGUUCUUCAAGAUCACACACUACGCUGACGCAUUGUUGGAGGGGCUGCAAGAUUUGGACUGGCCUGAUGCUGUCAAGAACACUCAAGCUCAAUGGAUUGGUAGAUCUCAGGGAGCCUACUUUGACUUCCACCUCACAGGAAUGAGUGAGAGGUUGCGUGUGUUCACUACCUCUCAACAUACUCUAUAUGGAGUGACAUUCCUAGCCAUCUCACCCCAUCAUCCACUAGUGAAGACACUGAGUGCUAGUACACAGGCGGCUGUGAAUGGUUGGAGGAGUGAUGACUCUGCUGUUAGUAAUGGAGUGUACACUGGGCUCACCGCAGUCCACCCACUCACCCAUACUCCUCUCCCUGUCUGGGUGGCUGACUAUGUACUCACUGAUUAUGGUACUGGGGCUGUGAUGUGUGUGCCAGCUCACGAUGACAGGGACUUCCUCUUUGCCACUCAUCACUCUCUCCCUGUACUACCUGUGGUUGAGGAUGGUGUUCUUAUACACUCACAACAGUGCAAUGGCCUGUCUAUACAACAAGGGGCCAACGCUAUACUGGAGCAGGCUGUAACCAUGGGGACUGGAGGUACCAUGACAACCUAUAAGCUUCGUGAUUGGCUAAUCUCUCGGCAGCGAUACUGGGGUGCCCCGAUCCCCAUUCUCUACUGUGACAAAUGUGGAAUUGUUCCAGUGUCAGAGGACAAACUUCCCGUACUACUACCAACUAACGUGCAGUUCACUGGACGUGGACCAUCGCCCCUGGCAACCAAUACUGAGUGGGGGCGUGGCUGUUGUGGCAAACCUCAUUGCCGUGCUCGGAAGGAGACGGAUACAAUGGACACAUUUGUAGACUCAUCCUGGUAUUUCCUACGCUUUACCUCUCGCCAUAGCAACCAGCCCUUCACUAGCCAGGAGGCAGACUCUUGGAUGCCAGUGGAUACCUAUGUGGGGGGCAUUGAACAUGCACACCUCCACUUGCUGUACGCACGCUUCAUCACUCAUGUGCUGCACGAUAUUGGUUUCCUAGCAACCAAGGAACCAUUUCAGAAACUCAUUGCUCAGGGCAUGGUGCAAGGACUGACAUACAGAGAGGAAGUGAGUGGGCGUUACCUACGGCCUGGGGAGGAUAUAAAGGGGCGUGGCAUAUCAGUAUCAUGGGAGAAGAUGUCCAAAUCAAAAUACAAUGGAGUUGAUCCAGAGGUCAUAGUUCAACGCUAUGGAGCUGAUGCUGUGCGCCUGUUCAUGCUCUUCAAGGCCCCCCCAGAGUUGAGCAUACAGUGGGAGGAUGGUGCCAUACAAGGAGUGUCUCGAUGGUUGUCAAGGUUAUGGAGGAUGGUACACACACACAUAGGAGCUGUGAGAGGAGGCGUGGCAAGUGAUGACCAGCACAGGGACAAGAUAGUGUCCGCUACACACAAGACUAUUAAACAAGUGACGGGAGCGAUGGAGGGACGAUACACUCUCAACACAGCACUGCCAGAGUUGAUGAUACUGAGUAAUGUGUUGCGAGACCACACCUCCUCUUGCCACACCCUCCCUUAUCAUGAAGCAUUGUCUACCCUAGUGCUCUUGUUGUCCCCCAUGGCCCCACACGUAAGUGCUGAACUAUGGGAAGGACUCAGCAUUGCAAGGACAGCCUACACACAGGCACCAACCAUCAAGGGUGGUGUGUUUGAACAGUCCUGGCCAGAAUGGAGGAAGGAGCUAUUGGACCUGAGCACAAGUAGAGCAAUAGUACUCCAGGUGAAUGGCAGGAAGAGGUGUGUAGUGGAGGUGUCAGUGGGUGUGGCUGAGGACCACCAUCAACUCAAGGCCAUCCUUCUCUCUCAUGCACUAGAGAAGGGACUCAUCACAUCACAUGACAAUAUAGUGAUUGCCUCCAAUGGACUGCUAGUUAAUAUUGUCUCCUCUAGCUAGCAUUAAUUUUAACUGAUUAUAAUUUUGUACAAUUUCUCAAUCACGAUAAAAAUUCAUG